GACAGCUCCGAAAUUGCGACUGAUAGGCAACAAGGCAAUCUCUCACAUGACAACUAUUUUCAACCACACUCUACAGUUCACCUCAAUACCCAAACAAUGGAAGCAAAUCAUUAUUACCUUAAUCCCAAAAAAG